AUGGGUGAAAGUGAGGACCUGCAGCAUAUGUAUGUGAAGACUUGGGCAAGCGAUAAAUGUAAAGAAGAUAAGAUAUACGUGGCAUCGCUUGCUCCAAAUGAUGGAGGGGUGCUAGAGGCAUCGCUCGCGCCGUAUGAUGAUGGGUUGCCGAAGGCAUCGCUCGGGCCAAAUAGCGGCGGGGUGCCAAAGGCAUCGCUUGUGCCUAAUAAUGAUGGGGUGCCGAAGGCAUCGUUAGUGCCAAAUGACGACGAGGUGCCAAAGGUGUCGCUCGUGCCGAAUGAUGACGGGGUACCGAAGGCAUCGCUCGUGCCGGUUGAUGGACAGGUGUCGAAGGCAUCGCUCGUGCCAAAUGAUGACGGGGUGCCGAAGGCAUCCCUCGCGCCUAACAAUGACGGGGUGCCAAAGGCAUCGCUUGCACAGGUUGAUGAUGAGGUGCCGAAAGAUAUCACUCAAGCUGAAUGA